AUCAAGGUGCGGCCGCAAUGAAGGCGUCGAUGGUGCUGUUCCUGGCCUUAGCGCUGCUUGCAAGCAACAUAGUCCCUCUCUGCGGUCUCGCUAUGGAGGGUCACCUCGUCCACAUGGGAAGUUGCAAAUGCCGGAUGCACACCGUCUCGGUCUUUGGCCCAAAACAGAUCCAAUCCAUUCAAGUCAUUCCCCAGGGAAUACAGUGCGGAAGGACAGAAAUAAUAUUAACCCUGAAAAACAAAUGGCAGGUCUGUGUGGCACCUACUGCCCAGUGGGUGAAGAAAUUGCUGAAGAGGCUGAUAAAGAGGUACGAUUUUGCAUAUUCAGAGCAGAGAACAAAAAAUCCCUGUGUAGAUGGCAUGGAUCCCUGA